CGUGCAGGAAAUUGCAGAUCUCUUCCCCUGAAGAAUAUAAGAACUCAUAAUGAAAAGGUUCUGAUCAUACAGAAGAUAAAGCUGACAUUUCCGUUCUGUGUGUGUUAAGUACAGAGGCUGAACUCACUGGCUUGAGGUUUCAUACAUCUUUAUUGUAGCAUAGGUCACACAGAGGAAAAGCUAUUUUAGGACUGCACACUGCUGCAAUAAGGAUCUUACUGCCACCUGUGACUUGGCAUUGCAGCAUAAGCUGAGACACAGUGUUGGAUUAUGGAACAGAAUUUGACAUACCUGCUGGGCAGCAGUGGCUCUGAUGACAUAUUGGUGAGUUACACAUCACCAACAUCUAGCUCCUCUGCAGCCUAUGAAUAUGCCUUCGACUACUCAGAACUACACAUCAUCUGCUAUCCUGAAAGUAUUCCAGCAUUUGCAUCUACCUUAUUUCCAGUGCUGUACUCCCUACUCUUUGUGGCAGGCCUUGUGGGAAAUGCUUUGGUUGUUUGGAUUCUGACAGUCUUCAUGAAAAUCAAGACCAUGACUGACGUGUAUCUGCUGAAUCUGACUGUCUCCGAUCUCCUCUUGGUAUUCUCCCUGCCCUUUUUGGUUCAGUACUCCAUUGUGAGCCAGUGGACUUUUGGAAAUGCACUGUGUAAAAUCAUCAGCUCAGUUUACUUCAUUGGUUUCUACAGCAAUGUCUUUUUCAUAACCAUCAUGAGCAUCGACAGGUACUUGGCCAUAGUCCACUCUCUCCAUGUUCAAGGAAUUCGGACACGUGCCAUUGGGUUUAUCACCAGUCUGGUUGUUUGGGCAGUUGCCAUUUUAGCAUCAAUACCAGACUUACUUUUUUUCCAGCAAGUGAAUGACAAUAACCAGAUUAAGUGCCUCCGUCACUAUCCUGAUGGCAACUAUCGCUGGAAGACUUUCAGUAAUUUUGAAGUCAACAUCUUGGGCUGGCUAAUCCCUGUUAUUGUCCUAAUUUUCUGCUAUCACAGCAUCUUGAAAAACCUGCAGAAGUGCCAUACCAAGAACAAGUACAAAGCAAUAAAACUGGUUUUUAUUGUUGUCAUUGUGUUCUUUCUCUCCUGGACUCCUGUCAACAUUGUGCUGUUUUUGGACUCUCUGAGGAACAUGUCCAUCAUUGAUGACUGCCAGACACACCAAUGGCUAGACCUAGCCACAGAGCUCACUGAGGCACUCUCCUUUGUCCACUGCUGCCUCAACCCGAUUAUCUAUGCUUUUGUGGGUGAGAAGUUCAAGAAGCAUCUCCGUGACGCUUUCAAAAAAUCUGCAUGUUUUCUGUUGAGCUGCAAAGGCUACAGGGCUUACAGUGGGCGCAGCCUGGACAAGCACUCCUCUCUGCACACAAAGUCCUCACAGUUGUCUUCUGUUGGCACUGUCUUCUAGAACUACAAGUCCAAAACUAUCAUCCUGAACAGGUGACCUAAAAUUAAGAAAUCCUCAACUGGGCAUCCACAGCUAUGGGCUGUUUGGGCAACCUUUUAGGACAUGAAAAGUGGAAGCAGCUGUUUGUUUUUUAUUUUAUCGUGAUUGCUUUGGGUGUUCCCACUUUUUUUGAGGUUUGGGGGUUUUUUUGGUUUUUUUUAAAUCAUCCUUCCUUUCCCUAGGCACAACCCCCCUUGCUUGCUUUGUGAAAUUACCAGUAGAUUCCCACACUGCUAGAGCAGCACAGAGAUGUGCCUUAGAAACAUAUCCUCUCCCCUUCAGACUCAGUACUAAAAAGAGCUUUUUAUGUUUCCAACCCCUGGACACUUGGCCACUCCUUCCCCUGUCUCAGCAGAGUGUGUUGGCUUUGUGAGCAGGGAUGGAACUGUCAGAAGGAGUGGGAACCUGCUCUUUGGAGGGAAAUGGUGCCCAAGAUUAAGGUGUCAUGCUGGGGCCUGGCUCCCAGUUGACAGAUCUUCCAGCCCCAGAAGAGAUUAGUAAUUGGAGUAAUUGGAUAAGCAACCAAGAAAUAAAUGCUGUCCAUGUGUUUUGGUAAAAUCAAUGUUAAUAUUAAUAUUGAAUUAAUAUUUAGGUAUGAUCCAGACUCACCAUCUGCUACCAGGGCCUGCAGCUUCUUGGCUGGAAGGAUUUUAAGCUGUCACAAAUGUUGCUGUGGAUGUCAAGGAACAACCCUUACGGGAAUCAACAAGUGCUGUAGGAAUGGAUGGAGAAAUUGUUACCAGGAAAGGGGCUGAACAGCAGAAGAAGUAGUGGGUGUGAGCCAUCACACAUCUCCUUCAGGGGACUUUCUGAACGUUUUUGAACAUUUUUAAACCUUUUAAACUGGCAGCUGGUGUGCCAGUGUGGUCAAUGCUCUUGAGCAGGUGGGCGGGGUGUGAUAUUCCAGUUGCUGUUCCAGCUUGGAAUUACUGAUUUUAUAUUUGUGAAUGGCUACCCAUUUUUGUCCAG